AUGGCAAACACUGGCAAAUCCGCAGUCAUUGUCGGCGGCACUCACGGCAUCGGCCUUGCAACGGCCCAACUGCUCAUUGAAACUGGUGCCAAAGUCCUCGUCACCGGCCGCAGCCAGCCGCCUAUCGAUGCCGCGAAAGCUCAACUCGGCGACAAGGCGCACGUUGUGCAGAGCGACAUCACCUCCCUAUCCAACAUUGAGAAGCUCGUUGAGGAGACUAAGUCAGUGUUCGCUGACCAUAUCGACUUCAUCUACAUCAACGCUGGCUACGCACUCCUCGAACCCUUUACCGCCGUUUCGGAAGAGGCCUUCAAUAAAACGAUGAGCACCAACGUCUUUGGCGCCUUCUUCGUCGCUCAGAAGAUCUCCCCUCUUGUCCGCGACGGUGGCGCGAUCGUCUUCACCACCUCCGUUUCUGCAAAGCAGGGGAUCCCAGGCAUGGCGACGUACUCUGCUUCCAAGGCCGCUGUCAACUCGCUCGUGCAAACACUAGCUGCUGAGCUGGCUGGACGGCAGAUUAGGGUCAACGCAGUGUCGCCUGGCUUCGUCAGAACACCUACUAUGGGCGUGUCUGGCGUGACGCCCGAGGACUUGGUCGCGUUUGAGGAAGAGGGCACAAAGGCGACUCCCCUCGGUAGGAUUGGGACUCCUGAGGAGGUCGCUAGAGCGGUUGUUUUCUUGGCUUUCGACGCGACCUUUACGACCGCAACUGACCUUGCAGUUGAUGGGGGCUUGGUGAGCAUACACAAGGCUUAG